AAUACUCGAAAACGUAUUCUGAUUGUGAUUUUUUUCUGUGAUACAUCAUUUAUAUCGAUAUGCUUCUGAUAAUAAGUAUUUACCUGUGAAGGGAAUUGUAUACCUGCAGAGCUUGUGGUUUGAUUUUGAGUGUAGAAGUGAUUCAAAUGUGAGCAGCUUGAGGCUCGGAGAUUUUGCGUGCUCUGUCACCUCCAGUUUAUGCAAAAGCCGCAAGAAACUGAAGGAAAUUCAUCGCAAUGAAUCAACCAGAUUCUUAAAGAAGCUCCUUCACUUGGUCCCGUAAACUAUACCUUAAAAAUGGCUCAUCAAAUAGUGAAAUACUUCUUCCUCUUGCUUCUUCUGUGGAUGAUUUCAUUUACCCUCGUCCUGUUUUAUGCAUAUGUGUCCCAUCAAAAAGUCAUGAAUAUACGCAGCAUCAAUAUUCAAGUAAGUCGGAGCAUAGGAACACCGGCCUGGAUUAAGAGCAAUGAGAGUCAACCACCACCGUCAGGCCCCAGUGACCCAGUGUCCUGCGAGUGUCAGUUGAGAAACCUAAGUUCUUACGUACUCUACGAAGCACAGCUGUCUCUCCCGGUGCCUUGGUUGAAUCUGACGUCCAAGGAAGUGCUGGAGAGAACGCACCCCAACUUACCGGUCAACAUGUACAAUGACGUCGCCAGUAUGAAAUGGUGUAAAAUGCUCCCAGCUUUAAGCACGAUAAAGUGGCAAAAUACUUAUUACCAACCCGUGAGAGUGUUGCAGCGCACCCAAUUCUUUUUCUAUUCGGCUUUCUUGGAUAACCGUAUUGCUACUGACGUGCGACCCUGCAUCCGUAUCCUGGCGUACAGCAAAGACACGAAUCCUACAGCUCCUUGGUGCCGCAUCUGGUUCAACACAACGGGGCCGCCCGCCGUCUCCCCCGUCGUCAGAAUCGAUUACUUGGACUGGCAACCCAGGUCAGACGAUCGCCACAUGACCUUCCUGCUCACGUGUCGAAUCCCGAAGUACGAUUCUCACCUCGCGCCCCUAUCGGUGUCCGUUGUGAGUCGCCCGUGUGAGAAGUACACUAAGAAUUUGCUGAAGGUAUUUGGGUCUAUGAAACGCAACACUACAGCCGCUUUGGUUAACUCAAGCAAGAAUAAAGAAAGCUCGCCUGUGUGGAACGCGGCCGUGUGCGGGCCGGCGCUCUCCUACUACCACGAAGACGUUUCCAUCCAGCUAGUCGAGUGGCUGGAGCUCCUGAGGGCUUUGGGCUUCGCCAGGGUGUUCCUGUACGAGACGGACGUCCACCCCAACAUCGAGAAGGUCCUGCGCUACUACGAGGCCGAGGGAUUCGUUGGUGUCACUAAGUUCGCAUACCUUGUCAACGAUCCCAUCCUGCGCAAAUUAAAAUAA